AUGGUGUUCGCGUGGAAAACCGCCGGUCUCUCCUACAACCGCUACCUUGCUGUCGCAGCCCGCGUCGUGCGCCGAAGCUUGAAAGAGGAAAAGAGAAUAGUUGCCGAACGACGAGGAGAGAUGGACUUGCGAUUCGCCAAAUGGCAGAACGGCAAGAUGGGCGAAUCGAAAUCUCUAGCCGAUGCCAACGCCGCUGCCGCAGUCGAGUCUGCCUCUGGUGGUUCAUCAUGA